ACAGGGCUGCAAAAUAAUAUGCAUUAAUCUGUGAGCACACUGAGAUCUCUUGAAAUUUGCGGGCGUUUUAAAAUAGAUUGCAGAUCGGAAGCUGGCAAGGAGAAUCUUUGGAUCUCUGCUGGCUAGCGGGAUGGUGCCAGUGGCGCUUUAGGUUUUUGAACGGAAACAAGGGAAGUUGCCUGCUACAUAGUGUUCUACAGUCGUAGAUGCUCCCGAUCAGUGGAACGCGGUACAUAGAACGAACGGGUCUGAUACGCACUUCAACUAUUGUGAUGUGAAGCUGAAAAAAUUUCAAUAAAUUUUGAAAAGAAUAAGUUGAUAAAUAAAGAAAUUGUGAAGGUUCACUGGAUUUGUUUAUUUGUUUUCUACGAAAUACAUAUAUCCAGAGUGCCGCCAUGAUCCAUGUGGAUGAGGAAUAUUCAGCUGAAGAUCCGGAACCAGUAUUUCCAUACCGAUAUGUUAAAACAAAAGUCAAUGUUAGUCCAGAAGGAGAGUAUGACAUACUUUCUGAAGAACUUGGAAGAGGAACAUUCGGAACAGUUUACUUGUGUAAAGAAAGGGCAACUGGUAUGGGGUUCGCAGCUAAAUUCGUCACAUGUGAAAGAAAAGAGGAUCGGCGAAACAUGGAACGUGAAAUUGAUAUAAUGUCGGGAUUACACCAUUCGCGAAUCAUCCAAUUAUAUGAUGCAUUUGACGAUGGAAAGACAAUGUGUAUUGUUUUAGAAUUAAUUCUAGGAGGAGAACUAUUUGAUCGUGUAAUUGAUGAUGAAUUUGUUCUGACAGAAAAAAGUUGCACAGCUUUCAUGAGACAAAUAGUUGAUGGAGUUGGAUAUAUCCAUAGCCAAAACAUUAUUCAUUUAGAUUUAAAACCAGAAAAUAUUUUAUGCCUUUCAAAGACUGGAAACCGCAUCAAAAUCAUCGAUUUCGGGAUGGCAAGAAGAUAUGAUCCCAAAAAGAAACUGCAGGUCCUUUUCGGAACGCCUGAGUUUACGGCACCCGAAGUAGUGAAUUUCGAUGAAAUUAAGUUCUUCACUGACAUGUGGAGCCUCGGAGUUAUAUGUUAUGUUCUAUUGUCUGGUUAUUCACCAUUUGUCGGUGAUACGGAUUUGGAUACAAUGACAAACGUGACAUUGGCCCAGUGGGAUUUCAAAGAAGAAGCUUUUGCGAAUAUCUCCAACGAAGCAAAAGAUUUCAUUAAGAAUCUUCUAAUUAAAGAUGGAACGAAAAGAAUGACGGCCGCACAAGCGUUGGAGCAUCCUUGGUUGAAGAAAUUGGCAUCGACUACUGACUUGUCAGGAAAUAAGGCAAAACUGAAACGAUAUGUUAUUAAGAAGAGGUGGAUCAAGGCGGUCAAUACGAUAAUAGCGUUGCGAAGAAUGGGAGCAAAAAUAGAUUGUAAUUUAGUAUAAGCUUAUUUGAAUAAAAUAAUGAAAAAAUAA